UACAGCCAGUUCACAACUACUGCAAAGUCUCUCUCCUGACUGGGGAUUCUGACUCAUGCUUUUCUUCUUUGAAAAUCCCUGUCAUCUGUCUCUCAUGAAGAUCAACAACGUUUAGAAGGAGUAUUUCAUGAAGAGAUGGCAGACGCUGAAGUAGUUAAUCUUGCAUCUUAACUCCUCUCCUUCUGGGAAUCAUGGAUCAUGUCAAUGAAACCUGGACCCGGACUUUCAUCCUUGCUGGUUUCACUACCUCUGACACACUUCGACCUCUUGCCUUCCUGGGGAGCCUGUGCAUCUAUCUCCUCACACUGGCAGGGAACUUGUUCAUCAUUGUCUUGGUUCAGGCAGAUUCAGGGCUGUCCACUCCCAUGUACUUCUUCAUCAGUGUUCUCUCCUUCCUGGAAAUCUGGUAUGUCAGCACCACAGUGCCCACCUUGCUGCAUACCCUGCUCCACGAGCAUUCACCCAUCCCAUCAGCUGCAUGCUUCAUCCAGCUGUAUGUCUUCCACUCCUUGGGCAUGACCGAGUGCUACCUGUUAGGUGUCAUGGCCCUGGACCGCUACCUUGCUAUCUGUCGCCCACUGCACUACCAUGCACUCAUGAGCAGACAGGUACAGCUAUGGCUUGCAGGUGCCACUUGGGUGGCUGGCUUUUCAGCUGCCCUGGUGCCUGCCGGUCUCACUGCCAGUUUACCAUAUUGUUUGAAAGAAAUAGCCCAUUAUUUUUGUGACCUGGCACCACUAAUGCGGUUGGCAUGUGUGGGCACAAGCUGGUAUGCUCGGAUUCAUGGGGCAGUGAUUGGUGUGGCCACUGGAUGCAAUUUUGUCCUCAUCUUGGGACUCUAUGGGGGUAUUCUGGCAGCUGUCCUGAAGCUGCCUUCAGCUGCCAGUCGAGCCAAAGCCUUCUCCACAUGUUCCUCCCACAUGACAGUAGUCGCGCUGUUCUAUGCUUCUGCUUUUACUGUGUAUGUGGGUUCACCUCAGAGCAGACCUGAGGGCACUGACAAGCUUAUUGCUUUAGUGUAUGCCCUCCUGACUCCAUUCCUCAACCCUAUCAUUUAUUCCCUCCGUAACAAAGAAGUGAAGGAGGCUGUGAAAAGGGUCAGUGACAAGAUCAGGACUUGGUUGAGGGACACCUAAUUGUCUCUUUUGGCAUUAUCCACAUUUGGGGUAAAUGCAAAAAUCAAAUAGCUUGUUAAUCAUUUUACAGAAUCAAAAUAAAUGUCCAUAAGAGUACCACUGAGUUUAGCACUUACUAUACUGCAUACUCACCCUCUUAGAUCAAUCAAAGGUAGAGCAGAAUGAGGGAAAGGUGUAUUUAUCUGAAUCCUGUCCAAGAUGAUGAUGAAGAAAUAUCGCAGCAGAUUAAAAACUGGCAUAGAAAAAUGUUUGAAUUGAAUUUGUGACUUUGAUAAUUAUCUGUCUAUCUAUCUAUCUAUCUAUCUAUCUAUCUAUCUAUCUAUCUAUCUAUCUAUCUAUCUGCCUGGUACCUGGUCUCUGUCAAAGUUUUAGUUCUGCGUUUUGAAUUAUAAGCCUGUCUCUUUGUGGGUAUCUGAUGGCUCACAAUUUACACAUCUCUAAAGCAUAGGAGAUAAAAUGAGCAGCCAUUGCAGUUCUUGAAAUGCAAAGGCCACCCAAAGCUAGCAGCAAAAUCUGAUUUUAACACAUGAUCUCAACAGACAGUGUAAAAGAUAGAAAACAUGGGUGACAGAAACUAUCCAGUGACAGUAUGUGUGGAGUUUCAUAUAGAGCUGACAGCUCCCAGCUGGUAGAGACCAGUAAUCUUGACUCAUAUUACAGAAAUAAACUCUGGAUUACAUAACUCUCAGAGAGCAUGCCUAGAGUCUCAAACUGCACACCUUGUGUCUUAGAGGACAAGGGUAGCAUAGCUGAAUGUCUUCUCUGAGAUCUUCCAGGAUCAUGGAAUCUUGUAUUCAUAGAAUAGAUUUGAAGCCAUAGUUCCCAGGAUGAACAGAAAAACAUCUCAAGCUUUACAGGAAAGGGAAAUGCCACACAAAUUUGCAGUUUCAGGCACCAUUAUCUGCUUAAUUUAUGACAAUGUUUUUCCCUUUAACCUCUAAGCUUUAGAGAUUUGUGAAUUCUGAGUCACCAGAUACACCCUUAGUGAUUGCCUGGUAAUUAGAAUGACAGAAUCAAAACCUUGGCAGAGCCUAGGAACUGGUAGAAGUGUGUUACUUUUCUUAUUCUUACAUAUAUCCCACUACAAAAAUA